UUUUAAUAUUCUGCGAAGGGCAUUGUGUGGCCUUUGACUGUACCUGAACUUCUAAACAGCUCACGAUGAGCAAGGUUCGGGGGAUCUUCCCUUUGUUUCUGGCUACAACUUUCGGUAUCGUCAAUGGUAUCUGGGUCUUUGGGCCUGCUUUCAGAGAGCAGCAGGAGAAUGAUGGGCAGGUCAAGACGGAGCUAGUCGUCUCUGGUCAAGUGGACAACGCUCGAGUAGAACAACUACGAGAUGUCGAAGCAGCGAUCAAUCGUGCUUCUGCGAAUAAAUCAAUACUGCAACCGGCGGAGAAGCAAAGCUCCUGGUGGACAACUUUGGGUGACUGGAGUCGAGGAUCGAGAAACGACAACACGAGGGAAAUGAAAUCCGCCACUCCUAAUUCGAAUAUUCCAACUACUCCAGACCGCAUAAGUCCUACAAAUGUUCCGACUUCCUCGCCAACGCUGGGUAUCGCAAAUACACCUACCCUUGCUCAGAAGCUGGUGGAGAAGGCUGCGGAAGAUCCGGAUCUGAAAAUGCUUUUGAAGACAGUUGCGGAGGGUGGAGGUUCAUCAGAGGAAUUGAAAAAAUUCCAGCGUCACCUCGAUGACAUCGAACGAGAAUAGCAACUUGAUCCAAGCUGGGCGCUAGCACAUACAAGUGAAGCUCUUCGCCUUCACCAUAGUCGUUACUUGAAUACCAGAGGAAAAGGGUCUAUCAAGUAAGACCUCACAAGCAACGAAAUUUGGCUACGUUAAGGUCUCAAGUCGAGAAGUUUCAUUGUCUCGCACUUAGUGGCGCAAGGUUGCUUUGGGAAUACGGGUUGACUGCCUGCCUCUUACUCAGAUACGCGGCCCUCUUCUAGUGAUGCUUGUAUUAGCACCAUUGAACUCUUCUAGCUCUUCUAUCUCUUGAGGACCUUGUUGCUCAAGUUGAGAAAUCUAAACUUUUGGCGAGCUUCAAUGAAGUCCUGUUCUUUCAACUCUAUUCUUCAUGCUGUACAGAUUUAUACCAUUUCCCC